CGACGGCUUCGCUAUGGAGGAGAGCGGGGCGGUUUGCGGGCUGUCCGCCCCUUCCCGCCGCGCUCCUUCACUCGCUGCGGCGGCCACUUCAGGAAAUGGGGGCCGAGGCUGUGGGCCGCCGGUGGAAGCCCCUGCCCUUCACUGAGAGGGAGCCAAGGUGAUGGCAGCCAUGCCCCUGAAUGCCUGGCACCAGCAUACCCAGUUUGCAGACUUGCCCUGAUCUCACUUCUGGAAGGAGGGGAUUUGCCUUGGGGUCUGGAGACACAGGAUGAUCCCCCUGCAGAGGGUACCAGUGAUGUCUCUAAAGUGUUGGGUUCAGGUGAUGAGGCCCAUCUAAUCAGGCGCUGAACCUACCAGGAAGCAACAUUUCAUUCUGCCGGACUCGGGUGUUAGCUCUGAUCCAUCAUGAAGGGUGAGAAGAGGCUAGCCCUGCAUAUAAGAGAGAAAUGCAGAGAACCAGAUCUACCUCUGGGUGUUUCAGUGACAUGAAUCAACAAAUUUCAGGUUUUUGCUUAGGUCUCCGAGGACCGCUGGUUAAGAAGCCCCCGCCCCCCGGGGCCCGAAGCCUGGGGACCACCGAGCGGCGCGCUCCGACGUCCUAGAGAGGAGCUCGUGAGUCUCGGGCGACGGGGCCCGGCGGUGACGCGCUUCCGGUCACGCUGCACACUGCGCCUUUUCUGAGCCCCUGCCCUUCACCGAGAGGGAGCCAAGGUGAUGGCAGCCAUGCCCCUGAACGCCUGGCACCAGGAGUUGGUGACCUUUAAGGAUGUGGCUGUCUACUUCACCCGGACAGAAUGGGCUGGUCUUUCUCCCACACAGAAGGCCCUAUACAGAAGCGUGAUGCUGGAGAAUUAUGGGAACUUGACAUCCCUGGGAUACCCAGUGCCCAAACCUAUCCUGAUCUCACUUCUGGAGGGAGAGAAUUUGCCUUGGGGCUUGGAGGCACAGGAGAACCCAUCUGCAGAGGGGACCAAAGACAUCUGUAAAGAUACUGAGACCAGCAUUGGCAAUGAGUCCACAUCAACACAGGGACUUUCUGAAGAAAGAGAUGUGAUAUUGUCACAUGGGUUGCGGAAGAGUGCUGUUCAGGGAGCCAACGUUCUAGAAGCCUGUGAACUGGAAAAGCACCAGGAAAUCCCCACAGUGAAAAACAUUAAAGGAAAGGUUCCGAGAAUGCACUGUGCAAGGAAACCCUUCAGCUGUGAGGAGUGUGGGAAAUGCUUCAGUUAUUUUUCGUAUUAUGUGCGACACCAGAGAAUCCACACUGGGGAGAAACCCUUUGAGUGUAAUGAGUGUGGAAAAGCCUUUAAUGGCAAUUCUUCAUUAAUUCGGCACCAGAGAAUCCACACUGGAGAGAAACCCUAUCAGUGUGAAGAGUGUGGGCGAGCCUUUAAUGAUAACGCCAAUCUGAUCAGGCAUCAGAGAAUCCACAGUGGGGACCGGCCCUAUCUCUGUGGAGAGUGUGGAAACAGUUUUACCAGCAGUUCCGAGUUUGUUAUACAUCAAAGAAUCCACACUGGGGAGAGACCUUAUGAGUGUAAUGAGUGUGGAAAAGCUUUUGUUGGUAAUUCACCACUACUUCGACAUCAGAAAAUCCACAGCGGAGAGAAACCCUAUGAAUGUAAUGAGUGCGGCAAGAGCUUUGGAAGGACGUCCCAUCUUAGCCAACAUCAGCGUAUUCACACGGGGGAAAAGCCUUAUUCUUGUAAAAUUUGUGGGCAGGCCUUCAAUUUUCAUACAAAAUUAACUCGGCACCAGAGAGUCCACAGUGAAGAGAAACCCUUUGACUGUGUAGAUUGUGGAAAAGCCUUUAGUGCUCAGGAACAAUUAAAAAGGCAUCUGAGGAUCCAUAUUCAGGAGGCCUCCUAUUUAUGUGAUGCGUGUGGGAAAGUCUUUACUGGCAAAAGAAAUCUUCUUCAGCAUCAAAGAAGCCAUACUGCAGAGAAAACCUAUGAGUGUGUCAAGUACGGAAAAACCUUUAGGACUUCUUCCAAGCUAGGUCAUCAUGAGCGUGUCCACCCUGGAGACAAACCUGUCCUGGACAUUUGUCAUUUUGGCCUUCCAGAGUUUUUCACCCCCUUUUACUGGUAGUAGAUUACUGAAUUUGCCUUUGGCUUUUUUGUCUUCCACUCAGGAGCAGGAUGUGUGACACAGGCCCGGUUCAGUUGCACAUUCCUUUCCCUCGGCCAUGGCUGGUGGUUCAGAUGUCAGUAGUUUGCCCAGCGUGGUCCAGUCACAGCUGCAGGACUUGGCAGGAGUUACUAGGAAGAAAUACUCUUCUUUUACCCCCCUAGUCUUAAAGCUGAGAGGAGCUCUUAGAUUCUUGUGGAGGCUGAGGAGAACGUCAACGCAGCAAAAGAGAAAUCAGAGUUGAAGAGCAGUCACCCUCAAAGCUUCUGUUUGAACAACUACAUUAAACUAUAUUUGAAGCCAGAAAUACAGCCUGGCUUUUGAGUUCCAGUAACCAGUACAAUUUAACUCUGUUUUUGUUUCGUUGUCUUUUUGUUCAAGCAAGGUUAGGGUAGGUUUUCUUCCCUUGCAAAAGAGCCACUGUAACAAAAAUCUUCAGGAAUAAUAAACCUGGUGGGGAAAUGUUUUUAUGUGUAUAAUGUGUGGGAAAGUCUUUAGCUGUAGUCCCAGCAGUCCCUGUGGACUGCUGAGGACCCUGGGAUCAUGACCUGAGCCGAAGGCAGAUGAUGCUCAACUGACUGAGCCACCCAGGUGCCCCGGGGGGAGGCGGAUUAUUUUGAGGGCAGAUCAUGUAAAAGUCACUUAGAAUAAAACUGGUGAGAGUAACAGGCUCUGGGACUUAGUUUCACAUGUUGCCACGUCAGCCAUAGCUGCCCUUCAAUAAAUGAUGUCACAGCAGUGAUCUGCUUGUGACACAUUCUGUGCCAGGCACUUUUCCUAAAUCACUGCAUAUACUUAAACAAUUGUAUGAAGUAGUUGUUGUCAUUAGCUCCAUGUUACAGUUGAGGCAAAGAUUAAUUUGGCGACCCAAGGACACAGUAGCAGAGCAGGGGUUCAAAUACAGGCAGCCAGAUUUCAGAACCCACCAGUGUCCUGGCCAUUCCAGUAUUGCCUUGUUGAGAUCAGAGGGAAGGUCAGUAACAGUAGAGGGAUUGUUGGAGGAGACUGGUAAGUUCCUUAGAGGUGGAGGAGAACAUCAAGAACAAAUCAAGGAGUUCUGUGAAGUGUGUAAACCUGGCGAUUCACAGACCUGUACCCCUGGGG